UAUUAAUAUAUGGUUUCUUUUUUUAGGCUUCCCUUACAUAUGCUGAAGCUCAGAUGAGAAUUGAUUCAGCAGCCAUGAACGAUAAUAUUACUACUAGUCUCCGUGGACUAAAUAAACUAGCUAAAAUUUUGAAAAAAAGAAGAAUUGAAAAAGGGGCUUUGACUCUUUCUUCUCCAGAAGUUCGAUUCCACAUGGACAGUGAAACUCAUGAUCCUAUAGAUCUGCAGACCAAAGAACUCAGAGAAACAAAUUCCAUGGUGGAAGAAUUUAUGUUACUUGCCAAUAUCUCUGUUGCAAAAAAAAUUCAUGAAGAAUUUUCUGAGCAUGCUCUGCUUCGAAAACAUCCUGCUCCUCCUCCAUCAAAUUACGAAAUUCUUGUUAAGGCAGCUAAAUCCAAGAAUUUGGAAAUUAAAACUGAUACAGCCAAGGCUUUAGCUGACUCUUUGGACCGGGCAGAUUCACCUAUUUUCCCUUAUCUAAACACCCUGUUAAGAAUAUUAGCAACUCGCUGUAUGAUGCAAGCUGUGUACUUCUGCUCUGGAAUGGACAAUGAUUUUCAUCACUAUGGCUUAGCAUCCCCAAUAUACACACAUUUUACUUCACCCAUCCGAAGAUAUGCAGACAUCAUUGUUCAUCGGUUGUUGGCUGUGGCUAUCGGAGCUGACUGUACUUAUCCAGAGUUGACCGACAAACACAAGCUUGCAGAUUUAUGUAAAAAUCUCAAUUUCCGGCACAAAAUGGCUCAGUAUGCUCAGCGUGCAUCUGUGGCUUUUCAUACCCAGUUAUUUUUCAAAAGCAAAGGAAUAGUAAGUGAAGAAGCUUAUAUUCUGUUUGUAAGAAAGAAUGCUAUUGUGGUAUUAAUUCCAAAGUAUGGUUUAGAAGGUACAGUGUUUUUUGAAGAAAAGGACAAACCAAAGCCACGGCUUAUAUAUGAUGAUGAGAUACCAUCACUUAAAAUAGAAGAUACAGUAUUUCAUGUAUUUGAUAAAGUUAAAGUGAAAAUCAUGUUAGACUCAUCCAAUCUUCAGCAUCAGAAAAUCCGAAUGUCCCUGGUAGAACCACAGAUACCAGGAAUAAGCGUUUCAGCUGAUGCUUCAAACAUGGACAUUAAUGAACCAGAGAGAAAGAAGAAGAAGCUUCAAAAAUAGCUACAGUCAACAACAACAAAAAAACUUCAAGGGUUGGUUUCCUUUAAAACAAAAAGAAUCUUGAGAGAACACUUGUAAACCUAAGAAGUGUCUGAUACAGUUUGUUACUUCUAAGUACAUUUUAAUAAUUUUUAAAAUUUGCAUUUUUAUUGAACUGUUGACUGUGUCUGUCCCAUCAUACUGCUUUCUUUCAGGAUUAAAGAACUAUUUAUGCAGAAAAACUCAA